GAACUAGUACUGCGCAAACUUUAUCGCCUGAUUUUCGAUCCGUCGUUAUUCCUUGUACGCUACGGAUUGCUUGCUAUACGACGUACCUCUGCAAGGUGCGGAUGCAACGCAGGCACGUACCGCACGCAAGCAGGUAUUGUCCGAAUAGCCCUGUAUGGGAACCCUUCACAGAAGCCAGUCUCGAUCUAGCGCAGAGGCUAAUACUACACACUCGGUACAUGGCAGCCUGUGGCUAUAGUACGGGUUGCCCAAGAACGCAAUGGUCAUCGACAGGGCACGGCUGGUCUGCAUCCGACUAUACUGCAGUUCUUACACCGACGUAACCCUCCCCGAUUGUCGACAAAUUUACCGGGCCUCUGACGAACCGGAAUCUUCAAACCAAAUGACAAAACCAUAUGGCUCGAUAUCCGGUUCAUGGAAAGAUGAUUUCCCGCGUCCCCUACGGACUACGGGUACAUUUCGCAUCGACAGCAGAAGUAUCUGUUCGGGAGGGAGGCUACGAUACAAUGGUGGCUUCUGAUAACAGUCUACCCCUGCGACGUAUCAUUGCAGCCGUUACCUUGGGAUUGACUUCAAUGGACCAGCUCCCUCUUGCGUCAACGACGCAGAGAUCGCAUCUUAGCGUGGUCCCGUCUGACUCUGAGCUUGUCGUGUUCGACUACUUACCUACGAAUAGGGCGAAUGACCCAGCACGGAUAGGGAAGCUUCCCAGGAGUAGCCGCAAGCAACCAUUCGACCAGGGAUCUAUCGGUGGGACAGCAGAGACCCAGACGCCGUCCUGUUGGGACUCGGGACCGAUCCCCACCUCCCCCAGUCUCGCCGUGCAGUUUUGUCUUUCCGGCCAACCAACCCGGCCCCCUGAUGGGCAAGACGGGCCGCCCAGCCGUCGUCCGGUUCCUUCAUCAUGGAUUCCCACCUCGGGUCGCCCUGGAUCUCGAUAACUUGUCGUCAGCUAUGCAGGCUCUCGUCCGCCUUAUCCUACUGGAUGCUGCUUCGCCGAAUGUUAUUGCCACUGGACAAAAUUCGAAGCGGACACAUGCAACCUUUUAUAUUCCUUACGACCAACACGC